AUGCUCUCGAAGGGCUUUAUGAAUGAAUCUGAGAGUGAGUCUACAAGUGAAAAGGGUGAGAAGACAGACUCCAGUGGAUCUGGAUCCGGAAGUGAAAGUGACAGUGGCUCCAGUUCAUCUGGUUCAGCUUCGGGUGCCAACUCUGGAUCAGAAAAAUCUUCAAAUGCAGGGCAAUUUCACUUCAGUGAGGAUGGCAAGUCAUCACUAAAAGAUAGUCAUGCCAAUUCAUCUAAAUCUGAUCACCACACUGAUAAGGAUUCAUCUGAUGAUAGCAUUAGACAAAAAUCCCGAAAUAAUCAUGAUAAAAUAAAGUCAGAUCUUUGGGAGGAUAACCCUGACAUUUAUGGUGUAAGAAGAUCUGCAAGGUCUCGUAAAGAACCAGAUAGGUUAAAGUUGGCAGAUAGUGACUCUAGCGACAAAGGAAGAAGUAAUGGUAGAAGAAAUAGAAAGAAGAGUGAUUCCUGGAAUUCUGAUUCCUCAGAUAGUGAUAGUGAUAUUAAAGGGUCACCACCCCCACCUUCCAAAAGACCAGGCCAAAGAGGAGUACCAUUAAGAAAAAAGAAACCAACAAGAAGAAGAUUUACUAGUGAUGAUGAAGAUGAAAGUAGUGAACUUUCAGAUGACACAAAAAGUCGAACCGCCACACGUCGCACGGGAGCUGCUGUUAGUUAUAAAGAAGCCAGCGAUGAACAAACAGAUUCCUCGGAUUUGCUGGAAGUGGAUAAUGUUGAGGGCGAGAUGGAAGCUGAGCCUGAACCUGAAGAACACAGUGAAACAAUAGAAAAAAUACUUGGUAUUCGACGCGGCAAAAUAGGAGUCACGGGAAAUGUGACUACAGUUUACUAUAUAGAAGAAAAUGGUGAUCCAAAUAAGGAUUGCAAUCCAGACGAUGAAGAGACUACAGAACCACAGUACCUCAUUAAGUGGAAGGGAUGGUCCCACAUACAUAAUACAUGGGAAUCUGAGAAGUCGAUUAUGGAACAAAAGGUUAAAGGGUUGAAAAAAUUGGAAAACUAUAAGAAAAAGGAAUCAGAGUUAGCAUGGUGGAGAAAACAAGCUGGGCCAGAAGAUAUUGAUUAUUUUGAAUGUCAAUCAGAACUGCAACAAGAAUUAGUCAAGUCUUAUAAUUUUGUGGAGAGGAUAUUUGCUGAACAGACUCGGGAGCUUGAGGGAGGUGGAACAGCACAUGAAUAUUUUUGUAAAUGGGAAUCACUUCCAUAUGCUGAUGCAACAUGGGAAGAUUCUGCACUUAUAGAAAAGAAAUGGCCUGAACAAGUUCAGCAUUUUAAGGCUAGGGAAGCAGCAACAACAACCCCAUCUAGACAUUGCCCUGUUUUGAGACGAAGGCCAAAAUUCCAUCAAGUUAAAGAACAGCCAGAAUACAUGGGUAAAGACCAGACAUAUAUAUUAAGAGAUUAUCAAAUGGAUGGGUUAAACUGGUUAAUACAUUCCUGGUGUAAAGAUAAUUCUGUUAUUCUUGCCGAUGAAAUGGGUUUAGGUAAAACUAUUCAGACAAUAUGUUUUCUGUAUUACUUGUUCAAAACACAACAAUUAUAUGGACCAUUCCUUUGUGUAGUACCAUUAAGUACAAUGACUGCAUGGCAAAGAGAGUUUACGCAGUGGGCGCCUGAUGUGAAUGUUGUUACCUAUAUUGGAGAUGUCUCUAGUAGAGAUAUUAUCAGACAAUUUGAAUGGAGUUUUGCUAGUUCAAAGAGGCUAAAAUUCAAUGCAAUCUUGACAACAUAUGAAAUUUUACUAAAAGACAGACAAUUUUUAAAAACUUUCAGUUGGGCUUGCCUGCUUGUAGAUGAAGCUCAUAGGUUAAAAAAUGAUGAUUCACUUUUGUACAAGGCACUUAAAGAAUUUGACACAAAUCAAAGGUUACUAGUCACAGGAACACCUUUACAGAAUUCACUUAAGGAAUUAUGGGCUCUACUUCAUUUUAUUAUGCCUUACAAAUUUGAAUCUUGGGAGGAAUUUGAAAAAGAUCAUGAAGAUGCAGCAACGAAAGGCUAUGAGAAACUCCACAAACAACUAGAGCCAUUUAUAUUAAGACGACAAAAGAAAGACGUCGAAAAGUCCCUACCCGCUAAAGUAGAACAAAUAUUACGAGUAGAAAUGACGUCAAUACAAAAACAAUAUUACAAGUGGAUUCUUACAAAAAACUACAGUGAAUUACGGAAAGGCGUAAAGGGUUCAACAAACACAUUUAUCAAUAUUGUAAUAGAGCUGAAAAAGUGUUGCAAUCAUGCUCUUUUGACGAAACCGGAAGAUUUUGAAUCACGGGCGUCACUUGCGACAACUGAUGCAGUCGAGAAACUAUUAAGAGGAUCUGGAAAAUUAUUAUUGCUAGAUAAAUUGCUAUGUAGACUUAAAGAAACGGGUCAUAGGGUAUUAAUUUUUUCACAAAUGGUUAGAAUGUUGGAUAUACUAGCAGAAUAUUUGCAAAGGAGACAUUUUCCUUUUCAAAGACUGGAUGGCAGUAUAAAAGGAGAGUUAAGAAAGCAAGCUCUUGACCAUUUUAAUGCUGAAGGAUCUCAGGACUUUUGUUUCUUGCUUUCGACUCGAGCAGGAGGCUUGGGAAUUAAUUUAGCAACAGCUGAUACUGUGAUAAUAUUUGAUUCAGACUGGAAUCCUCAGAAUGACUUACAAGCUCAAGCAAGGGCUCAUCGAAUAGGUCAAAAAAAUCAGGUCAACAUUUAUCGGUUAGUAACUGCCAGGUCCGUCGAAGAAGACAUCGUAGAGAGGGCUAAACGAAAAAUGGUACUAGAUCAUCUCGUGAUCCAGCGAAUGGACACUACUGGUAGAACUGUCCUUAAUAAACGCGAUGCGUCCGGUACAAGUGCUAAUAAUCCGUUCAAUAAGGAAGACCUCAAUGCUAUAUUGAAGUUUGGAGCCGAAGAACUGUUUAAAGAUGAUGAUGAAAAUGAUGAAGAUCCAGUCUGUGAUAUUGAUGAAAUCUUACAACGAGCUGAAACACGAGAUGAAGGGCCUGCUAUGGUGGGAGAUGAAUUGCUUUCUGCUUUUAAAGUAGCUAGUUUUGCAUUUGAUGAAGAAAAGGCUGUCAUGGGCGUGAAAAAAGACGGAGGAGACGAAGAAGGCAAAGAUUGGGAUGAUAUCAUACCAGAAAAUGUCCGAAAGACGUUAGCGGAGCAAGCGAAAACCAAGAAAAUGGAGGAUCUAUAUCUACCGCCUCGAAGAAAAACGCAACAAAACAAUUUGAACAAAGGUGAUCGCAGGAGACGUGGCCGGGGUGGUGAAGCUGACGGUGCCGAUGGGGCAGACGGAGACGCUGACGCUGAUGAUUCGGAUGUUUCUGACGCUGAUGUCAGUGCUGAUGAUGACCGCCCUAGGAAACGUGGUCGGCCACCGGCCAGCCACAGGGAGAAGAUCAAGGGCUUUACAGAUCAGGAGAUAAGACGAUUUGUGAAGAGUUACAAGAAGUUUUCGGCGCCAUUGAAACAUUUAGAUAGCAUUGCUUGCGAUGCAGAAUUACAGGAAAAACCUUUAGCGGAAUUAAAGAAGUUAGGAGAAAUUCUUCAAGACAGGUGUAGAUCGGUUCUCAAUGACACAGCUGAUACUUCGAAUGAUCAUAGCGAUGGCCGGAAAAAUGCAAGAAAAUCGUUUAAAUUGGGCGGCGUGUCUGUAAACGCCAAGACGAUGGCAGCAUGCCAAAAUGAACUCGCGCCAUUAGAUGAAUUUCUUCCCGAAACUAAAGAGGAAAGACUUAAGUGGCAUUUAGAUUUUAAAACGCGACCGGCUAAUUUUGAUGUCGCCUGGGCCGUAGAGGAUGACUCUAAACUACUUGCAGGCAUUUACCAAUAUGGUUUGGGAUCCUGGGAGGCUAUAAAAAUGGAUUCAUCCUUUGGUAUUGGGGAUAAAAUAUUAACCAAUGAGGAUAAGAAGCCGCAAGCAAAGCAUUUACAAUCGAGAGCCGAUUAUUUACUUAAGCUAAUCAAAAAGUUGCUUGACCAGAAAAAUGGUAAACAGAAGCAAAGAAAGCCGCGUAUGAAGCGGGGCACUAAAGAGCCAGUCACCAAAGACAUUGUUGAAGAUGAUGUCAGUUCUGGUGAUGAUCAUAAAAAGAAUAACAGGGCUGCAAAGGAAAAGGGUAAACUCAAAAUGGAAGAACUAUUAACACACGAUGAAAACUCGUGUGAAAGAAAGGAAAAAGAUAAGAAAAGGUCAAAGAAAGAGGGUAAAGACAGGACAAAAAACGACAAGGUUAAAAAGAAUAAAAAACCAGCCGGACCUAUGCAUUUUACUGCAAAUAAUGAACCGCGGGCUUUAGAAGUAUUAGGAGAUUUAGAUCCAUCCGUUUUUGAAGAGUGUAAAGAAAAAAUGAGGCCAGUUAAGAAAGCCUUAAGAGCCCUUGACAAUCCAGAUCAAACUUUAUCAGAAACAGAACAAGUAUCGAGAACAAGAGCAUGCCUCUCGCAAAUCGGAAGUCAAAUAGAUAUCUGUUUAGACGCUUAUCCUGACCCUGAAAAGAAGGUUGAGUGGAGAAGUAAUCUCUGGUACUUUGUCUCCAAGUUUACAAACUUUGACGCAAAGCAAUUGUUUAGGUUAUAUAAAUAUGGUCUCAAAAAAAGUGAUACAAAGCAUAAGGAUGGAAAACACAAGGAAAAUGUUAAGGGAAAUUCCAGAAACAAUAUUAAUUCUAACAAUCACAUAAAAUCAAAAAAAGAUGGCAGAAACGAUGAAAAUUCCGAGCGAAAGGAGAAACGACAGCGGCUUGAGAAAUCUGAUAAAAAUAAUGAUAAAGCUGCACACGCUUCGGGUGUUAAGAGAAAAUUGGAAGAGGGUGAAUGUGAUCCUGAUCCAAAUGAUAGUAAAAGACAUGAAAGACAUAAGCACAAGCAUAAGGAUCGCAAGUGUAGGGAUGGAAGCCUGAAGCGAGAUGAUUUGUCCCAUAGGGAGCGGAGUCGGAGCGAGCGGGAACGGGAGCGGGAGAGGGAUCGAGACCGGGAGCGGGAUCGUGAUCGAGAGAGGGACCGGGAUCGAGAACGAGAUCGGGAACGGUCGAGAACGAGGCGGGAUAGCGGAGGUGGCGGACCCCGAGUGCGACAACCGUAUGCACAUCCGCAUUCGGAACAUCCCACACACGGUCAUCCGCCUCACUCCACUCACCCCGCACACCCUGGCUGGACGCCUCCAGCCUAUCCGGGCCCCAGGCAGUACCGGAGCGAUCGGAAUCCGAGAACACACGAUAAGAGAAGCAGGUUUGGGGGUUAUCCUCCCAUGGGAGGCGGACCCUACAGUGGGUACUACGACGGGGCGACAAUGCCGGGCAGCAUGGGAUUCCCGCCCGUGAGGCCAUAUCCCGAAGACUGGCGGGGCUACGCCCAGCCGGAGUACCCCUACGAUGACCGGGAAUAUGAACGUGAGGUCUAUCGACGAGACUACGAUAGACGCGCCCCACCUACAUAG